GGUGAACCUCAAAAGGACGACGGAGUUUGUGGCAUCUUCAAUCUCUACAAGAUUCAUUACGAGAAGGACUCUUCUGACUUUCUUCCAAUUGGGGUACAGGGAGGAGACACUAUGGGUGCCGGGACUAUUGCAGUCCUUCUUGGGACAGUGGCAUUUGGCAUUUCUGUUGGCGGAUAUGUUGAAACUGAAAUAGGAACAACUGUCGACGUGUCUCUUGUGAUGACGCUGGAGGAACAUUUUGUGGACGAGUUGAAUAAUCGCAGCAGUGAACAAUACAAGCGUCUUGAAGCACAAGUGGUGGCAAUGUGCAACUUCAUUUACACCAAAGUAUAUAGGACUAAUUUUAUCAACACCAUCUUGAUUGGAUUCAGCCCUCAAAUGGGAAACACGCGAGUGGAAGUGGUACUCAACUUCUGCAAUGCAUCAAAUGAUCAAAUCCCACCAGAUGACGAAGUUGUAAAUGAAUUGGUAAAUGUUGUGAACAGUACCAGCAACCCUUUCAAGUUCACUGUCGCUCCAGAAUCAAUUGCAGUAAUUUCAACCGUAUCGACGACCACCCAAGAACCAACGUCGUCCCUCGGCUCAACGCCGUCCGCCAAUGACUCGCCAACGACACAAGGGGCGACGACUGCCGUCCCAGUUGCCCCACCGGCUGUGUUUGUCGAAGCCAUUUUGUUGGAGCCUUUUGUGGAAGAACUGAACAAUCGCAGCAGCCAACCAUUCGAGCAACUCGAAGCACAAGUGGUAUCAGCGGUGCGUACAAGCGUACAAGCAACAUCUAGCUAUCCCCAUUUACUCUGUACUCACUAAAGAAGAUACUGUGGUGUUCUAAAAAAUGGAUUCCUUCUACAGUGUGACUCGAUCUUCUUCCAAGAGUUUGGUGCCAUUUUCUUUGGCACUUUUGUCAUU